AUGGAGAGCUCGGAAAAGCUUAUACCGCUCUUGCGGCGCCCAGAGAGCUCUGGGAUUGAUGCUAUUGAUGCCGAAUGUUUCUCCUUUACCAAGCCUGCCUUGCACAAGCCAUUCUCUUUGCGAAACGUUUCCAAACAGACCCACGUUACGCAACCUGCGAUUGAAAACCCCGAAUCUGCAAAAGAAGCAGCGAACAGGGAGACGGGUCCAGAUCGUCAACAACUUCAGAGAGAUCCGGCUGGCAAAGAAGCGAUGCCCCAUAGCGGAACUCCUCCGAGUCAACAUUUGCUUCAACGCUCUGCGAGGCGGCUCUCGACAGCGGCUAACUCUGGUAAAGAAAGUGGCAGCUGUUCUGUCACCGGAAAUCCAAACCAGAGCCCUACACAGCAACAGGCUGGGGGACUUGAUGCCCAGCUGAACGAGCGCACCACAGCCGAUAUGCCUCGAGGGAUAUCUGGCCCUGCAGCGAGGAUAUCUGACCCGAGCCAAGAUGUUGUUGACGAUACCGAAAAGGCCAGUGAAGCAGGGCCUGCAUUACCCAAAUCUCCCCCGAGGCAAAAGCCUCGUCGGGAGAAGCAAGGUGUUUUUGAGAAACCGUCCUCUCGUGUGCCCCUUAGGCCAAUUCGUUGCCAGCCGCAGGCUUCCAAGCGAAACAACACCUCUGAGAAGGGAGCCUCUGUUAUAGCCCACGCGCCGGUCGAUGGUAAGAAGAACAACGUCCAACUAAGUGAGGAUGACCUCUUUGGACUUCUUAUCGCGAGGGUGAAACAGCGAGAGGAGAGCGAGCAGGCGGCAACACUUAUCCAGCAGCAGAUGCAGAAGAACAAUGAAAUUCUGAAGGAAGAGAAUCUCAGCCUGCAGGAUCAGCUCAAAACGUGCCAAGGACAACUCGCCAAAACGUCUUCCGAGUCACGAUCCCAACGGGCACAGAUAGACAAGUGGAAGACAAAGCUUGGUGUAUUACAGGGUGUCCUCAACGAAGUCGGACGUGAGUACGGCAGGGUCCAAGAGCAAGCCAGAGAAUUGAAGGAAGCAUCGGUUUCUCUUGGUAGAGAGAAAGACGAAAUCCAGUCCAGUUUAGACAAGAUUAGGUUGCAACUUUCAGAACGACUUGAAGGCCAGCGCAACAAACUUUCAAACUCAGAGGAGACGGUUGCCAGACUGAGAGAAGCGCUGGACCACUCAAAGGAAAGGGAGGAUCUGAUCAAGACCCAGUUAUCCAAUGAGAAGAAGCGAAUCAUCACUCUCGAGACCUACAUCCAGAAUGAGUCCCAGAGUCAAGCGCGAUACAUGGCCCUUGUCAGAAAUGACCAGCGUAAAAUGUCAGAGAAGCUUAACUCUGCCUGCGAGUUGUACGCCACAUCUUGUGUCAAAUCGCAGGAAAAUAUCCUGUCGAAACUCGGUCCCGCACUUGAAAACUGUGUAGGGUCAGUUGAAGGGCUGAAGGAGCAAUUUUCUACGGAAAGGGUAGAUAGCCAAUCCUUGACCAGUAGCGUCGGGGAGGCUGCCGCACGGUUCAACUCCCUGGCAGCACAGGUUUCAAGUGACGUCGAUCGAAGUACGGAGAUGAACAAACAUGUGUUUCAAGCCCUCCAGGACGCCCUGCAAGCGAUUGAGACUAACCUCGGUCCAAAUUCGUCAAUCUUUACGCAGCUCGCUAAUAGUGAGAGCUGCUAUGGGAAUUUGCAACGACAGCUGCAGGUCGUUGAACCGACGCUCAGCAGUCUCGGUGCCUCUGUCAAAGCGGUUGAGUCUACGGAAACAGAACUUAUGCGUGGCUUAGAAAUGUUUGGCCAGAAGCUUUCCGAAGCUCAAAUUCCCGCAGGGAAUCCUACCCUGGAGAUGGAGAUCUCCAAUAAGUUUGCUGAAAAUACACAGUUGCAACUCCGGUUGCAGGAAACUUCGUUUGAAAUCGAAACUCUGCGGAAGCAGCUUGCGAAGACGUCGUCUGAAAACCAACAUCUCCAGGAUGUCCUUACCGAGACGGCUACCAAUGAACAAACAUUCAAGAGUAAGAAUGCCCGCCUGGAAAUUGAGAAGACGGCGUUGCGGGGCGAGCUUCAGAUGCUUGAGCAGAGACUCCGAGAAGAGCUGCGAAACGACAGCAUCAAGUUGCAGAAUCAGAUGACAACGAAAUUCGAAGAACAGAUCAGGGAACUUGAGGCAGAAAAGUCGGGACUGAAGAGAGAUUGUGAUCGCCUCCAGGCUCAGGUUACAAGUAUCCGAAGCUCCUUGGCCGAAACCGAGACGGCAGCCGACAAUCAGCGACGCGAGAAAGAUCUCGAGCUCCAGGAAACACGGAAGGCCGUUACGAAGCUGACCGAUACUUGCGCAACCUACGCCACAACGGCCAAGGACAAUGAGAUUCAGUUACAGUUGUUGAAGAGCUCCACGAGCGCACUUCAAGUAGAAAAUGACAAACUCGGUGCGCAAUAUGAACAAACGAAGGAGAGGAUCAUCGAGCUCGAAGAAAGUCUGGCAUUGAAGACUGAGUCUGAAAUAUCGAAAGCGAAAGUAGCACAAGAAGCAGAAGAGAGGGCCAAGGUACUUGAGCGUGAAAUGGCUCAAGCCAAAGAGGAGCUCGCAUUGAUGAAUGAGAAGUUUACUAUUCUCAAGGCCCGGUCGUCUGCUUUAGAGAAAGUUGGAGAGGAGUCUGAUGGGGAGAUUGUUUCACUGCUCCGCCGUGCCCAAGAGGCAGAAAGUUGGCAAGCGACUAUAAGAGCAGGGUUUGCGAAGGUGAUCGAGGUCCAUUCCGAUGAACCGUUUGAACAGACGUGGCAAAAGCUAGAGAAGAUCCUUCAGUCCUCUCUUGUUCAGUGCGGUGCCACCCGCGAUGGGUUUCAUCCAGAGCCUCAAGCUAUGGGUGAUACGGAUCCGACUGGAAACAGCAACCAACGGCUGAACCCAGGAGAAGGUAAACAGGGAGACAUCUUCAAGGUUGGCGAUUUAAACCAGGACGGCAAGCUCGCUGAACCCACGCAGAUGGAUCAACCUAUGUCACUGAAAGUUGAUGGCCCCUCUAAGUCGAUGUUAAAACGUGGUGAUUGUGUUGACUCACUACCAAAGUUCCCUGCGGGGUUUGGUAACAUUGUUCCGUUCUCAAGUGUUCAUGAUGUUCAUGACAGACUUUCCCGGGAAGACAGUUUGUCACUAUUCAAUGAUCCUGCUGAGCUUGAGAUGUUGUUCAUGUCGACACCCGACCUCCAAGGCGGGUCGACGCCGGGUGAAGCCCUUAAAAAAGCGCAAGAAACUCGCACGCUUCCAGGCCAGUCUCUUACGAGGAGCCGAGAUACUAUGGAGACCAGUGCCGCUCUCGAAAGGCAACAUGUUGGGACCGUUGGGACCAUUGACAGUGCGAGCGAAAGGCCUCAGUCAGAGAUUGAGAAGCCUGACGAAUCCGCAAAGACAGAACCACGCAAUACCAAACAUAAAGUUGUCAGCUUUGAGGGAACGCAAGUUGUCACGCAGACAGAGGUUGGCAGAGCGCGACGAAUGUCAGACACAAAUGACAACAGCUCCGGGAGAGGCUCUGAGACCAAAGAGGCAAAGAAAACACAAAAACGAACUUACAGUCGUCUUCGCCAGUCCGUGACGCAGGAAGAAACGUCUAUUGAAGCAACCACAGAUGUCCAGGCUGCUAACCAAUCUAUGGCGGGAACGGAAUCAGCCAAUAAUGAGCACGCUUCCAACGUGAAUCCAAGGCCCUCAAAGAGAUUGCGCAAUGCCGGUAAAGGCCUGGAGCGGCGACUGAGUCCGAAGGGACUGGCCUCAGGCAGUAGCAGGAGCAACGCAGCCGACAAGGGAAGUACCACGCGAGGCCGUGGCAGACGCCGCACUCGAGGUAUGAUGUCGGACACUUCGAUGGAAGAGCCAGCUAAUGAUAGAAAGGGGACCGAUAUGACCAGCGCUUCAGCCAAGACGCUGGCUGAGCAUGUCAAUGCCAAGGGGACGACGUCGUUCAAAUAA